CAGGCACGUACAGUGAUGGACGUAAAACGUGGUUCAUCUAUUCGGGUGUUUUCCCCACAUUCAUAGAUCCUAGUAUUUUUGGCUACCGGGGAAGGUACUCUUGAAUUGUGUCCAAUGGUGUGUUGGCCGAUCGGAGAAGUGGCGCGGCCCUGGGCGGUUAUAUGCCUCGAGUGUCGAACCGACACCGCUUAUGCCUAUGUGGCACAUUGACGUUCUAUAUUACGUACACCACGGGUCUGCAAGCGCCGGCUAAUGAUCGAGUUGCAAUUCAUGCAUUCUGGGACCUCUUUUUGGGCUCUGUCACGCGUGCUGUGUAGUACCUAGCUUCCCAUUCU